UCGCACAAACAUUUGAAGUAGCCGACGCGGUGGAAGCGAUUCGACACGGUCCCGGCCGACCCGAUCUCGCCGUCCCGGAAAGAUGAGAACCGCGAAGACCUCCGUUCCGAUCCGGCGACCUGCCGCCGUCUUCGUCCUCCUCCUCGCCGCCCUAGUCUUCGCCGCUAUCGUCGUCGCCAUUCAGUCCUCCUCUUUCUUUAUCGGAAGCCGUAAAUCGCUUAUUGACAGCGAGGAGAUUCGGAUCCUGUCAGAUUUCCAGUCCCGCGUUCAGCAAUGCGUGGCAAGCAGAGGACUCGGCCUUACCGCAGACAUCAUUGACCACUGUAAAUUGGUCCUUAAAUUUCCUGAAGGCACAAAUAGUACAUGGUAUAAUGCACAGUUUAAAAUUUUUGAGCCACUGGAGUAUAAAUAUGAUGUCUGUGAAGCCAUUCUUCUAUGGGAACAGUAUCGUAACAUGACUACGGUCUUGACAAGGGAAUACCUAGAUGUACGACCAGAUGGAUGGUUAGAUUAUGCUGCAAAAAGAAUUGCACAGUUGGGUGCAGAUAAAUGUUAUAAUCGCUCUAUUUGUGAGGAGCAUCUAAACUUAAUAUUACCUGCAAAGCCUCCCUUCCAUCCCCAGCAGUUUCGGACAUGUGCAGUGGUUGGGAAUUCUGGGGAUCUCUUAAAAACAGAAUUUGGACUGGAGAUUGAUGGGCAUGAUGCAGUCUUUCGAGAUAAUGAGGCUCCUGUUAAUGAGAAAUAUGCCAAACAUGUUGGACUGAAAAGGGACUUUCGCCUAGUUGUAAGAGGCGCUGCUCGUAACAUGGUUGCUAUUCUCGAUGGAUCUUCUGAUGAGGUGCUUAUAAUCAAGAGCGUAACACACAGAGAUUUCAAUGCAAAGAUAAAGGAACUUCCAAAUCCUGUUUAUCUUUUCCAAGGUAUCGUCUUAAGAAGGGGUGCUAAGGGAACCGGAAUGAAGUCCAUAGAAUUGGCUCUCUCCAUGUGUGACAUUGUUGAUAUAUAUGGUUUUACGGUGGAUCCCGGCUAUACAGAAUGGACACGGUACUUCUCGACUCCCAGGAAGGGGCACAAUCCAUUGCAAGGAAGGGCUUAUUAUCAACUGCUGGAGUGCCUCGGUGUCAUCAGGAUCCAUUCUCCUAUGAGAGCUCGGAGGAAGCAGGAUUGGUCAGAUGUGCCAGGCAAAGAAAUCAUAACAAGUGCUCACAUGGCUGCGUUGCGUUUGAAAAGAGAAAAAACUGGCCAAGAAGGUGAUUUGGGACCCUUUGGUAAUUGCAAGGUAUGGGGUACGGUAGACCGAGAUGGACCAGUGUCAGGAUCUCCCGACAUGGCCGACGCUCGCAGCAAGUCAAAUUACAGUAAGUGGGAGCUCCUGCCACAUGAGAGCUUAAGAAAGGAAGCACAAAAACAUUAUGCCCAGAUGGGUCGCGUUUCUCUUUACAAAAUGGACGGGAACAAACUGGAUGAUCUCGUCUGUGUGAGGCACAGCUUUUAAUCUGAAGUUUAGAGAUAAAUAGGGGUUCUGGUUCAACUAUCGGUCCCAUGAAGAGAUAGACAGGGGAGCAAGUGGAAUGAAGCUGCAUUAGUGCUCGAGGAGGUUAGGUUAGAGAGCAGGCCUUGGUGCUCCGCAGGACGAAACUAUUAUUACAAAGCAAGAGUGGCUUCUGCUUUAUUGGAUGGAUUGAAUUGGGAGACUGCAGAACUUCUCCCUCGAGAAUAUUUACUCAAAGACAUUUCCAGGCAAUAUCGAUGCUUUCAUUCAUUUGUACCUGUCGUUUCAACUUUUCACUGGACCAUCACCUUGUUUUUCCUAUAGCAUCUUCUGGUGGUACCAAUCAUACAACGUUUGCUACAAAAGCAUUAAAUAGUAUAGCAAUUGUUUCUGUCA